GCACAGUUCUUCAAGCCCCCGUUGUUGUCUGUACACCGUCCCCGAACAGUACAAAUCGGCAAGAUCAAGAUGGGUAUCGACCUCAAGGCACACCACGUCAAGAAAGCCCAGCGGACGGCCCCCAAAAGCGAGGAUCCUUACCUCCUUUUGCUCGUCAAACUCUACAGAUUUUUGGCUCGCCGCACAGACUCAGAUUUCAACAAGGCUAUUCUCCACCGCCUCUUCCUCUCGAAAAUCAACCGUCCUCCCCUCUCUUUGUCAAGAAUUGUUAAAGAAACCACUGCCACUCCUGAUCGUGACUCAAAAGUUAUCGUGGUGGUUGGCACUGUAACCGAUGACGUUCGUCUCGUCGAAGUGCCCAAACUCUCAGUUGCUGCUCUACGCUUCACGCGCGCAGCAAAGGAGCGCAUUCUCAAUGCUGGUGGUGAGGCAUUGACGCUGGAUCAGCUCGCACUUCGCGCACCAACAGGGUCCAACACUGUGUUGCUCCGGGGAAAGAGAAACACUCGCGAGGCUGUCAAGCACUUUGGCAUGGGUCCCCACAAGAACAAGAAGCCUUACACCAUUUCCAAGGGUCGCAAAUUCGAGCGGGCCCGUGGUCGCCGAAAGUCUCGUGGCUUCAAAGUAUAAGAAGCUUACAAAAUAUUCAUUGGUGGCAGCGGAAGGCGUCGCAACCUCUUGUGGUCACAUAUGCAUUAUGGGUAUACUACAAACCAUCAUUUUUUUUCAUCUUUUGAGCUCUGUAUGCCCCACCUAUGCAUUGCUUAUGUCCAAGCGCACGUCUCUACUAAGAAGGUCGUACUUGAGAAAUGCGAUAUUUAGGGCCGAAAUAUGAUCCCGAAGUUCGAGACGCUAUGCAAAAU